UAAGUGCUAAUCGCUUCCUCUGGUCCAAAUUGUCACAUGACAAGGGAAGUCUGGUUCCGGAUGGUCGGAGCCGUCUCUGCCCAAAAUUUACCAAUGGCAGUGUUAUCAAGCUGACAUGGCAGACUGAGCUUGUAAGAACCAUGUCGCUCCAAGCUCCCCGCAUGUCAGUGUUCACCUUUCAGUCUGCAGUGCACAGCGCACAUGUUCUCCAGUGUCUGAAUGACCAGAGACAGCAGGAUGUCCUGUGUGAUGUGACGGUGGUGGUGGAAAACAGGAGUUUUCGAGCCCACUGCUCUGUCUUGGCUUCCUGCAGCGAAUACUUUCACAGCAGGGUUACCAACAUCACCAAACAGAAUCCCAUCAUUGUCUUGCCAGACGAGGUGACCGUUGAGGGGUUUGAACCGUUGCUUCAAUUUGCUUACACAUCAAAGCUCCCCUUCACCAAAGAAAACAUUCAUGCCAUUCACAGCAGUGCUGAGUUUUUAGCAUUUCAUAACUUGGAGUCAGCAUGCUUUGACUUCCUCAUCCCAAAGUUUUCUGAAAGCAAAAGAACCUCACAGGAGGUCAGGCAUAGAGCCUGUUGUCGGAGCCGGGAUCCCAGUGCCAGUUUUUGCUCCAGCUUGGAGAGCAGCCAACCAAAAUCAUUUGAGUCACACAGCUCAGUGCCUUUAAGAGGUGAUGAACAAACAGACUUCCCAUCACAGUGUCCUCAGAGUGCACAGGGUCAGACGAACAGCGGGCAAGAACACCUCUGUUUGGAGAACUGCGGGCCACAAAUGGCUCCCUUAUCUCUCGAGUUGACAGCAAAUGGUGUGUGCCCCAUGUUGUCUUUGCCAUGCCCAGACACAGACAAAGCAGAUCAUCCCUCUCCAUUCUGCGAAAGAGACAUUUUAGAGAUAGGAGAUGUGUGUAAUCAAAGUGAGUUGAGUUUGGCUGACUGUGGCUUACCCUGUGAGCUGUCAACCCCAGGGGAUGUGAAUCCACCAGAACUCAUUGAGCCAGCAGGCAGCGAUGUUAAACAGACUGUUGAGACGCUUGGUGCUGAAACUAACUGUAACCCCAGUUCAUGUCCACUCAACACACCAGGGGCAGAAGAUUGCAGUGAGUUAUUAGAGCAGAGUGAGGCUGGCCUUGAACAGAGGAUGGUGGGUGAUCUCUCAGACCCUACACUAACUGCUCUAAGCCACGAAGAGGGAUUUGGGGAGAGGAGCAGCGUGGAAAGGGAGGUGGCUGAACAUCUGGCAAAGGGAUUUUGGUCUGACCUAUGCCCAUCUCAGGCUCAAGCACUCCCUCUGGAUCCCACGGACCAAAACAAUCUGGCAAAAGCAUCAGACUUUCAUUGGCUGAAGCAGCUGGACCUGAGCUCCAGUGUAGGAGACUGUCCCUUCCUAAGGGACCUUGGAACAGGUGAUGACCCUGCUCCACGCACUGACAGCCUGUCCCAGUCAGAGAAGAGCCCCUACAUGUCCUCCUCGCUCAACUCUGGGGACGACUCAGACCUGGACACAGAUGGAGAUACUGAGGCCAACAACAAAAGAGCAGCAGAGAUUCAGCUCCCAUUCCCAGUAGAGCAAAUCUCAGCGCUGAGCCGGAGUGCCUUCCAGCAGCUUCUGAGACACCAUCACCUGACUCAAGAUCAGCUGGAGUUUGUCCAUGAUGUCCGUCGACGAAGCAAAAACCGUGUGGCCGCACAGCGCUGCCGAAAGAGGAAACUAGACAGCAUUCACCAGCUAGAAUGUGAAAUCAAAAGAUUAAAAAGUGAGAAAGAGUGGCUGCUGCAGGAGCAAACUGAGCUGGAGCAAAACCUGGAGGAGACGCGGCAGAGUCUGUGCGGUUUAUGUAAGAGUGUCAGCAUCGAGUCUGGCUCUGAUCAGGACCACUUGCAGCUUCUUGCCAAGCUCUCUUCACCAGACUUCCCCAUCUCCUCCCCUAGCCUUGUGGGUAAAGAUGAGGAGUCCCAGAUUACUAUCAAAAUGGUAAGUUGUUCUUCAGAGUGUGACCCAAGCAAGCCUUCUGCAGGCUCAGUUCAAACUGCUGCACCAGAGACUGGCACACAGACAGAAGAGGCAGGUUCUCCACAGAGCUGCCCUGAUCCUGCGUCCCUGCUCAACGCCUGUCUGGACAAGAACAGCUUAUAAUUGGACUCAAAUUCCAUUGUCAUUUCUAAUCAUUCAGGACCACAGAACAGGAGGUGGACUUUGAGUAUAUACUGUAAUCCCCUUUUGGGAUAGAUAUGCUUUCCUGUGUAUUUCACUAAAGGAUUUUCUGCCAUACUGUAGGUAUCUUAAAGUGACAUAGAGAAAUGUCAAUUUCCUUUGCUGUAUUUCUGAUAUGCAUUUCACUGUAGUAAAUACAGAAUCCAGUAUUCAUCAUUUUGAAAGUGCAGACAAUUUUCAGGUAAUUCCCAAAUGUUUCCAUUUGUAAAUUUGGAGGACAUUUCUUAAAAUUAAGUUUGUUUUUCUCAGGGAAACUCAUAACCUGACUGUGUUUGAUGACUAAAAUAAUUCGCACUGCACACCCACCUCAUUCUCCAACUUACGCACACAUGUACACACAUGAAAAUAAGAUGUUUCUUUCAUUUUUGGCUAAUAAGUCUGUCAUUAUAAUCUUGAUACAUACUGUAUUAUUCACCAUUAUGCUGUUUCUUUGAUUAAAUAUGCACAGCACUAACAGACCUUUUUAUGGUAGAUUACAAGGAAAUGUUACAGCUAACAUAAAUUCUGAACAGCAUUAUUUGAAUGCCAGUGCAUAGUUUGAAUGAAUAACUAUCAGCUUUCCCCAAUAUUUGAGGAAUGGUUCCAGUGUGUCUAAAAGUCUUACAGGGGAACAUAAGAAAUUAUGUUAUUUGAUGCAAAACGUGCCUUAUGCAGUAGUAUAGUAUGAGUACAGAAAGAUAAAGGCAAUCUUUGUAUAUUCUUGUCUCAAGCACUGUUGCACAUUAACCCAGAGCCCAUAUUGAUGGCAUUGUAUUACAUUUAGGUCUGUCUUCAUGUUGAGUAUUUUUUAUUGAAUGCUUUCAUGGAUUACAUAUUUAAAUAAACAACAUUUUGUUACCA